GAGCGGUGGCCCCCGGCCGGAGACGCGGCCUGGAAGGAGGAGGCUGCAGGGCCGGGCGCCUCUGCGCGGCGCUAUGGGAGUUGUAGGCACUUUUCUGUCCUCUCUCCAUCUGCUACUGGCUCACGAAACCGGAGGACGUACCGGCGGGCAGGCGCCGGUGACUCCCAGGCUGAGAACGCCGGGAACUUCAGUUUCUUCCAAAGUGCUUGAACCAGGACGGCUCCCGGGGGCCACGCGCCCUCGCAGAAGUACUACGGGACCGUGCGACCCCGGGGGCGGGGCUUCCGGCGCGCUGCCUUGUGGGUGCGGUAGUUCCGCCGGGUCCGGCUUCCGCCCGCCGAGCGGCCCACGAUAGCGGGCCGGACUACACUUCCCGUCGGUUCGCCUGCUCUCCCGAUGCCGCCUUGGCGCGAGACGUUGGCGAGCAGAGUGUCUCCAAGAUGGCCGCUUGGGGAAGGAGGCGUCUUGGCCCGGGCAGCAGUGGCGGCAGCGCCCGAGAGAGGGUGAGCUUGUCGGCCACGGACUGCUACAUUGUGCAUGAGAUCUACAACGGGGAGAAUGCCCAAGACCAGUUUGAGUAUGAGCUGGAGCAGGCCUUGGAAGCCCAGUACAAAUACAUCGUGAUCGAGCCCACACGCAUCGGCGACGAGACGGCCCGCUGGAUCACUGUGGGCAACUGCCUGCACAAGACGGCCGUGCUGGCGGGCACCGCCUGCCUCUUCACCCCACUGGCGCUGCCCUUAGAUUAUUCCCACUACAUCUCCCUGCCCGCUGGCGUGCUCAGCCUGGCCUGCUGCACCCUCUAUGGGAUCUCCUGGCAGUUUGACCCUUGCUGCAAGUACCAAGUAGAGUACGACGCCUAUAAACUGUCACGCCUGCCUCUGCACACACUCACGUCUUCCACCCCGGUGGUGCUGGUCCGGAAGGACGACCUGCACAGAAAGAGACUGCACAACACGAUAGCCCUGGCCGCCCUGGCGUACUGUGUAAAGAAGAUUUACGAACUCUACGCCUGUAUGAUUUCGGGAGCGCAGGGAGAGAAGCAUAACCGCCCGGCCCACAAGAGACAAGAGCAUUCAGAUCGCCACAGUCACGUUUCUUAACUCUGUGAGGCAGCAGAGCCUGGGAAGGUGUUUGGCUUAAUAUUUGUUAUUUUUUAAAAAAAAUAACAGAUCACGGGUGUACCCAGGGUUUUUUCAGCUCAUUACACUAAGAUGUGGAUUUCCAUACCCCGAGAGGAGGGUCUGAGGCUGUGGAAGUCUAAUUGGGCAGUGGAAUGCUGCUGAGGGGGUGUGGACGUGCUUUGGGGGAGGUCUUUAAGUAUAUUGUUUAACUGUACCAUCCAGAGCCCAACCAGAAGCUGUUGACCAUUAAAAUUAUGAGCAUUUCAA